AUGAAGAAAUAACUAAUAUUUCUAUUACUGUUAAGUUUACUUAACUAAACGUUGUCUGAAAAUACUAAGCAUGGCUGCAUGCCAGAAGGAAUCAAGUUAAGUUUGGGUGAUAACUUUGAUUUAUCUACUUAGUAUGAUAAGCAAAAAAUGAUUGAUUCUCCUCGCCAUGACUACACAAUUACUUAUUUCACUACAGCAAAUUGUCCUUAAAAUUAUAUUGAAAUAUAUAAUUCCUACUUCAGGGAGUAAAAACAUACCCUUAAACCUUAUAAUAUUACUAAGUUUUUCCAAGCUAAAGACACAAGUGGAUUUAAAGGAACAGAAACAAGAACAAGUGAUUUUGAGAAAUAUAUCUAUGAAUUUUAAUUCGAUGCCACUGAUUUAAAUUUAGAUGGUGAUUUCACUUAUUCCUACGAUUGCUUUUAUCCUUCAGACAGUAAUCCUUCUCAGUUCUUACAUAGGGAAACAUUCAGAUUUUUCCAUCCUGACUACAGUAAGUUGAAAGAAAGAGAGUUUAAAUUUGUUUGGAUUGCUGAUUUUGAUAUUAAUGUUAGCAAUUAAACUGGCUUAGAAGGAAGAAGAAUUGGGAAAGAAAAUAUGGAAAUAAUGGAUAAAUAUAUAAAACGAGAUAGAAGCAAGUUUGUUGCUAUCAUAGGUGGUGGAGAUUAUGGCUACGAUUUACCAGACGAUAGUGGAAAGAGAGGUGAAGAAUUUUAAAAAGCAGGAGAGUUUUCCUAUGCACAGAUACCUUUUGUGACAGUAGCAGGUAAUCAUGAAGAAUGGUAUAAGUUUGAUUAUUAUAACUCUUUCUUUAGAAAUCCAAGAUACUCAAUAACCAAAAACGAUUACUAUACAUUGACCUUCGGAGAAGUACUAAUAGUCGGAUUAAAUACCAAUAAAUUUAUUAGAGAUCCAACUACAAAUAAAUUUAUUAGCUUUGAUUAAGAAUACUUAAAAAAUCUCUUUUAAUGGUUUGAUGAUACUAUGAAAUAGAUUAAGGAUAAUUACAGAUGGAUUAUUGUUUUUUCACAUUAAAAUAUUCACUGCUUUGAAGACUAUGCUGCAAGUUCUUGCUACUCCAAUCCUAAAAUAUUUGCAGAACUUGAAGACUUGCUUGUUAAACAUAAGGUUGAUAUUUACAUGGCUGGUCAUGUUCAUGCUUAUGAAAGAAUACACCCAAAUUACAGAGGUGAGCCGAAAUUCAAGGAGUCAGAUUAAUGCUAUCUCAACAAAUGCUCGUCUUACACUAAGCCAUCUGCACCAGUUUAUGUAGUUGAUGGAACUGGAGGAACUACCCAUUACUUCCCUCAACCAUCAGGAUAUCCUGGAGGUAAUUUGACUGUAGCUUCAGACAGAAGUUUAGGCUUUAGCACGUUCACUGUUAAGAAUAAAACCCAUCUUUUAUUUUAGCACUUUUAAUCUAAUAAUACAUAUGACCCAUUUGAUCAUUUCACAAUCUAUAAACCUUAACCUAAUAUAGCUUAAGAUCUUUCGUUUGCUGAUCCAAGCGAAGUAGUCAAAUACAAAGCUACAGUCGCUUUCUUCUAUUUAAUGGUAGCUAUCGUUAUAGUAGGAUGCAUAUUAAUUUUCUAUGAAUUUAGAAGAAAAAUCCUUAUGGAUGCUCAUGAUGAUUUCAUGAGAUAGUUUGACAAUGAUGAAGAAAAAUCAAGAAAUACACUUUGA